GGCGAGAGUGUCAAAGGGUCACCAUGCUCGAGUAGUGGGUAUGGUGGUCCUGAACUGGAGGCAUGUUAAAGGGGUCGUCAAGACAAAUGGUCUGAUUGGUCCUGACCUGAGGUGGGCCGAAUGAGGUAUGUCAGACUGAUGGGGUCUGUCAUUCCCGGUCAGUGGUGGGCCAUGCGAGAGGGAUACGAUGGACGAUCAGAUUUCGCGAAUCGAGUUCGGUUCGGGAACCGGCUAGGUGGUUCACGUGGACACCCCAAUCCAACACUUCGAGAUGGAGAUCGAGGGAGUUUCGAAGCUUCAAGUGGCAGAUACGACUAUGGAGACCGAGACUUUGAUCCAGUGAGACGAGAAGGAAGACAUGAGUACGGGGAUCGAGUUGGUUAUUGGGGGAGGCAUCCCCCUCCUACUUGCUUUAGGUGUAAUGAGGAUCGUUUGAAGAAGGAAGAAAAGGAAAGGAAGAAGAAGGAAAAAGCGGAGGAAGCACGUCUUCGCCAUGAGGAGGAGGAAGCUAAGAAGCUACGAGAGAAGAAGAAGACCAAGAAGGCGAAGAAAGCCGCAGAGAAAGCAGCACUUGAGGCCCAGAGGGAAGCUGAGUUUCGCGAGGAGAUGCACAAGACCGUGAAUAUGCAAGUGCACAUAAAGUUGAGCGAGGUUAAUGACGUUCUGCACAGAGGUUUGCGUUAUACCGCACAGAAAGCUGGUUUGGUACGUUCGAGGAAAGGGAAAGAGCCGACAACGCAAUCCAGCGACGAGGAAGUCUCGGCUAAGGAGGAUGGCGAGAGUGAAGAUGAAGAGCUGAAUCGGCGAGCAAGCGAGUUGCGGAUCUUAGAGAAACGAAAACGUGGGGAGGAACCGCUCUUCGAAGAUAGUCCCCCGAUGGAGACUGCUCCAAAACGAACCGGUAAGCGAGGAUCCGUACUACCGCUCAGGCUUACGACGAGACUCACACGCUCGAAGACCAAAGGCGAUGAAGAGAAUAAGACACCUGGCUCAACAGACAAGAAUACUCCUCAAUCAUCUAAGAAGAAGACUCCACGAUCAACCAAGAAGAAGACACCAGUUACUAUGAAGCGUAAGAAUAUUCUGGCUGCGGUUGGCACGGUGGGAAAACUCAAGUACCAUAAUGACGUUAUGCAAGAACUCCGCAAGGCCGACGCUCCGGAGCUUCAGGACAUUUGCCGGAAGGAGGGAAUACCGUACGCCAACAAGGUUGAUGCGAUCUUUGAUAUCGUCGAACACCGUACUAAGCUGGCAUAUGGUGAAGAGCAGGUUGCCGAGGAACUUGUGGAAGAGCAAAUUGAGGCCGUUGUACAGGAUAUUGUCGACGAUGACGAGGAUGAAGAGGCCUGAGGAGACUUAAGCACUGAUGUAACAUGGCACUAUGUCAGAGUUUCAACCGACU